UUUAAAUAACGGAAAAAGGCAUUUCUCCGUUCAUGGAUUUGGAAAUCUAAUAUAGCUUAGCUCUCUCUACUUGCAUAUUUAUAAUAAUCUGUCAUCUUCUCGAUUCAAUCCAAAAGUGAGCUUUUGAGUGAGGGUGAGGAGACAGUCAUGGACCCUUCGAUAAUGAAGCUCCUCGAAGAGGACGAGGACGAAACCAUGCAUUCCGGUGCUGACGUCGAGGCGUUUCAGGCUGCCCUCAAUCGGGAUAUUGGAGGCGAUGCGUCCUCUUCUCAGCCGUCUGACUCCGCAGUUUUGUCCCAUGAAAUCAAUCAAACUCCCAGUCAGUCAUUUUCAAAUUGGCAAACUACUACACAAGAUGAAAAUGCCAAUGGUGCAAGCCAGCAACAACAGCAGCAAGAGCAGCACUCAUCUGCAAUGGAGCUAAAGCAGCAUGUUUCUACUGCUGAAAAUCAGCAACUACAUAAUGAUGCCACACAGGAAUCCAGUCACCUCCUAUUACAUGAGAAACAACCCCAAGAUGAUGUUCAAAAAGGACAGGCAAAACAAAUUCCUCUUCAGACUCCUCGAACAACUGGGAUGCAAAUUUCUGAAAGAAAUCCUAUGCCACUGUCUGAACGUGAAAAAAUGCAAAAUCCGGACACUGAAUCUCAAUACAUGAAAGUGAACAUGGGUAAUCAACAGAAUCAACAGACUCUGGGCAUGGAGCAACCUGGCAACCUUAAGAAUCAAGCCAAGCAGAUACCAUUUGUGUUAUUGUUGCCUGCCUUAAAGCCCCAUCUUGAUAAAGACAGAGAGAUGCAACUUCAGACUCUGUUUAAUAAAUUGAGGAAAAAUGAUAUCGCGAAAGAACAAUUUGUCAGGCUUAUGAGAAAUAUUGUAGGGGACCAAGUGCUAAGGUUGGCGGUAGCUCAAUUGCAGUCACAGCCAGGUUCCAACCAAUCCCAGUUACAGUCUCAAGCUUUUGCACGCCAACACAAUGUGAGAAUGCCUGUCAGUGCUAGUGCCUCUUCGGCAGUCCAAGCUCUGGCUGAUUCUAGCUACCCAUCUGCAGAAAAUAAUGCUCAGAAAUCUCGAGAGGUGGAACGUCAGCCAGAUUCUCAUGGAAUGCAAGUAAGCAAAAUGCCUUCCUCCACUGCUAGCAUAGUCAAUCAAGAUAGAGAGCGCUCUUCAAUUUCUGUUCCAGGACAUAGCAAGCAGCAGCAACAUUUGCAUUUUCCACCGACUUCCUUUCCAAUGUAUGGAAGUAAUAGUGCUACUUAUCACCCUUAUUCUGGAACAAAUGUCAAUACUUCAGGAUCUUCCAUGAAGCCACAAUCUCAUGAUUUGCAAAUGAGGCAAAUUUCACAUCAAACCAUGGGCACAACACAAAUAGGAGGUUCAACCCAGGCAAUGAACAUGAUGAAUGUGCCGAAAUUUGAGAGGCAAAAUUCUGUUGCUGAUCCUAACAGAGUGCAGAGUGGUUCUAUUUCCCAAUAUACAAACAAAUCAGCAUUGCAACAAAGUUCAGUUCCAUGGCAAGCACCAAUGAAUAAAGAGCAAAGUUCUGCCCCUUUCUUAUCAACAAAUUAUGUAAAACAAGAACCAGUUGAACAGGCUGUUGAGCAGCAGCAGAAAUCUCAGUUGUCUAACCCUCAGGGUUUGUCUGCCACAACUGUUGAGCAGGGGAAUGCAGUGCCAGGAAAUUCAAAGGAUGUCUCUUUAGAAAAGCAGUCUGCAAAAGUUGGUUUCUCUGCACCCAUUGGUUUGGCACCCUCAAAUUCAGUUUCUCCUUCCAUUUCAACUCCAUUGGAGCCAAAUGUCCAGGUAGGCUCUCGAAUCCCAUCUGUAGCUGCUUCUGCUGGAGUUAAUGCAAGAACACCUCCAAAGAAACCUUCAAUUGGCCAAAAGAAGCCACUUGAAGCACUUGGUUCUUCUCCACCUAUGUCAAGUAAGAAGCAAAAAGUAUCUGGGGCCUUUUCGGAUCAAAGCAUCGAACAACUCAAUGAUGUCACUGCUGUUAGUGGAGUUAAUCUAAGGGAAGAGGAAGAACAGCUAUUCUCUGGGUCCAAGGAGGAAAGUCGAGUUUCAGAAGCAUCUCGGAAGGUUGUACAAGAAGAAGAAGAAAGGUUGAUUUUGCAGAAAAUUCCACUGCAGAAAAAAUUGGCAGAGAUCAUGGCUAAAUGUGGUUUGAAGAAUAUAAACAAUGAUGUGGAACGGUGCUUGUCUUUGUGUGUGGAGGAAAGAAUGCGUGGACUAAUAAGUAAACUGAUCAGGCUAUCCAAGCAGCGGGUUGAUGCUGAGAAGUCUAGACACCGGACUGUAAUCACCUCAGAUGUUCGACAGCAAAUCAUGGCAAUGAACCGAAAAGCUAGGGAAGAAUGGGAGAAAAAGCAGGCAGAAGCUGAAAAGCUUCGAAGAGUUAAUGAACCUGAGGGUGAUAAUGGAGUUGAAGUUGAUAAGGAGAAAGAUGAAGGUCGUAUGAAAUCAGUGAAGGUAAACAAAGAGGAGGAUGACAAAAUGAGGACAACAGCUGCAAAUGUUGCUGCUCGAGCCGCUGUUGGUGGAGAUGACAUGCUGUCAAAAUGGCAACUCAUGGCUGAGCAAGCACGCCAGAAACGUGAAGGUGGGACGGAAGCAACAUCCAGUUCCCAGUCAUCUAAAGAAAAGUCUCUGUCAACAACUGGAAGAAAUAUAAAGGAUAAUCAAGAACCAGAAAAAAGGAGCUCGGCAGUUGCAUCAAGGGCUGUUAGGAAAAUUGGAAGGAACCAAAGUGUGCCUCAGGUCAGGGUUGCUCACUCUAUCUCUGUUAAGGAUGUAAUUGCAGCGCUGGAAAGAGAACCCCAGAUGUCCAAGUCAACUUUGAUUUAUCAAUUGUACGAGAGAAUCCGGUCUGACUCUCCAGCUGAAUAAUCAAGUCUACUCUGAUUUAUCAAUUGCACAAAUCCGACUCUCCAACUGAAUAAUGCAAGAUUGAACCUCAAAAUAGAUUUUUUAUUCCCUAUAGUAUUUUAACUAGUGAUAAUAUUGUAGUAAUAGUGAAGAGUUCUGAUGUCCUAGGGGGUCUGCCAAUUGUUGCACUUACUGUUAUAUGAUCAAUUUCUUCGACCCGUUGUCCCCUUUGCUGAUAAAUAUCUUUCAGCUAACCUAGCCUCCUCAGUCCCCUGGGACCAACAAAGGGUUGUACUGGAAUAUUCAUGUGUUGUCCAUCAAUUGCGCCCUCUUAGGCUCUGCAUUUUUAUGUAUUAGAAAUUGGUUAGUGUUCUACAAUAGACUGUAAUAUAAAGGAAACAAGCCCUUUCUUUCUCGAGUAUGAAAAUGUAGAGCCAAUUGCGGAAUCGAUGUCUUGAGGAUUGCGAAAGGAAAAGGUUGUUUGUAAAGUUAAAAAUGAAAUUCAAGUGAGGAUUUACAAUUUCAUCUCAUUACAA